AUGGAGUCAACUGUAAAUACCAACUUCUUCUCGUCCUUUCUCACGUCGGCGCUCAUGAUAACGGCCUCUGAGAUUGGCGAUAAGACCUUCUUCAUAACGGCCAUCAUGGCGGUGAAGAAUUCCCGCCUGACGGUUUUUCUCGGCUCCAUGGCCGGCUUAACGCUCAACAAUGUCAUCUCCAUCUUUCUCGGCGUCCUCACCGCCAAACUGAACGCCACCCUGAUGCAUCACAUCUCCGUGGCGCUCUUCCUGAUCUUCGGCGUGAAGAUGGUCUACGAGGGCUUCAAAAUGGCCGACGGUGGCGGUCUGGAGGAGUACAACGAGGCGGAGAAAACGGUCAACGAAAAUGAGGACGUCGGAGAGGCAAAGCCAACUCUGCUGACGAGUCUCUUUGGGAAGCAGGCACUUGUCUUUGUGCAGGUCUUCUCGCUGAUCUUCUUUGCCGAGUGGGGCGACAAGUCACAGCUGAGCACUAUUCUGUUGGCUGCCAGAGAGGGAGUUUGGGCCGUCGGAUUGGGCGCAUUUGUAGGCUAUUUUAUCUGCAAUGCUGUUGCCGUUAUCGGGUCAAGGGCUAUCGUUCAGAUAAUCUCUGUCAAGAAAA